CUCUACCACAGCUUACAAGAAUGGUCAACUCAUUUGAAUCCAUAAAACAGCAGGCAAAAGCAAUCACGGAAACUUCUUCUGAUCGUAUCAACAGACUUAAUAAUCCACUUAAACAAAAUCUUAAGCUAUGUUAUCGCUGUGGGUUAUCGGGUCAUUUUGCAACCGACCUUGAAUGUCCAGCUCGUAAAGAAAAAUGUGAGAAGUGUCACAAAUUGGGUCAUUAUGCGAAAGUAUGUCAAUCGAGAUUGAAUACCAAACGACGUUACGGAAGUCCAGCCGCGCAUCAUCCUGCUAAGAAAUAUAGGUAUGGAAAUGUACGCGCUAUUGUGUCGAAAGAAAAUGGUCACACUGAACCAGAUAGUUUUAUCUUCAACAUCGGUGACGGUGACGAGUUUUUAUGGACGAAAAUUGGCGGAGUUUUAGUCCAGGUUUUGAUCGACUCUGGUAGUUCAAAAAACAUAAUUGACGAUACUACCUGGGAGUAUAUGAGAAGACAAGAUGUUAAAAGUUGGAUUCCACGAUAUGUUCCCAAUACUACACUGCGAGGGUACGGACGCGAAGCCAAACCUCUAAAAAUUAUACAUGUGUUUGAAGCAAUAAUUUCAGUAGAAUCUGGUACGAAUAAUUGCAAAACAACAGCUAUGUUUUAUGUUGUGGAAGGUGGAUUACAGUCACUGCUAGGAAAGGAAACAGCGAUUCGCCUGGGAGUGUUGAAACUCGGAUUGGCCAAUUUGGAAAACUCUAUCAACGCAGUGGCACCGGAGUUAAAACGACCAUUUCCAAAAAUUAAGAACGUUCAAGUUAGGAUUCCAGUAAAUGUAAAUAUUCCUCCAGUUGUACAACGUGUACGUCGUCCUCCAAUCGCUUUACUUAGUCGGAUUGAAGAGAAAUUAGAGCAACUUCUGACAACCGAUAUAAUCGAACCUGUAUCAGGACCAUCACCUUGGGUUUCACCACUGGUAACUAUUGUAAAAGAUAACGGUGAUUUGCGCCUUUGCGUAGAUAUGCGACGAGCUAAUCAGGCCAUCUUGAGAGAGCAUCAUAUGAUGCCUACAUUCGAGGACUUCUUGCCACUUUUCAAAUCAUCUCGAUACUUUAGCCGAUUAGAUAUUAAAGAUGCUUUUCAUCAGGUAAGCAAUCUAAAAUAAAAAUAAAUGUAAUUAGUAGACA